AUGGAGAAGAAGAAAUUCUUGGUGCCUCGUGACAUGUCUGUUGGCCAAUUUAUUCACAUACUGAGCGGGAGGCUCCAUUUGGCUCCUGGAAAGGCUCUUUUUGUAUUUGUGAAGAAUACAUUACCACAGACAUCAAGCUUGAUCGAGUCCGUGUACGAUUCAUUUAAGGAUGAUGAUGGGUUCCUCUACAUGUGCUACAGUAGCGAGAAAACCUUUGGUUGCAAGCAUCACUCUCCUAGCCACGCGGCCUCUUAA